CGCAUUCAGCUAGACAUUAUGACACUGCUAGUGCUAUGUGUAUGUGACAGUGUGUAGAGUAAGGACAGGGAUGUGACCAUGAUGUGACACACUACGGAAGUAAUUCGGAGCAAAUUUAAAUAGAUUACUUGCAAUAACUUUUGAAAUAUGUUAGUAAUUUCAACAGCCAAAGCACUGGGUGAAAGUUAAGAGAUUGAAGUUGAAGGGCGUAUGUUCAUGUAGUUCUCAACAUGGAGGAUUUUCUUCUUCAUCACUUGCACAACAUCCCACCAAGUCCUAAUGAGGAGGAUUUAGAAGAGGAUAUAUUUGCUGACUUACUUGAUGAAUUGACUCUUGGAUUCUGCUUUGAGAUUCACCGGUCAUGCAAGAUGGGGCAGCUUUUCCUUGAUGAAACUGAUGAACCAAGUUUGAAAUUUUAUGAAAUAGUGAAUGAGCCUGGGAGAGAUGUGUUUGGCAAACCACCUCUGAAGAAGCAAAUUGACUGUGUUUGCCCACAUUGCAAUCGAAACCUUUCAGCCUCAAGAUUUGCACCACAUCUAGAGAAAUGUAUGGGUAUGGGAAGGAACAGCAGUAGACUAGCUAGCAAAAGAAUUGCCAAUUCAGGAAUAGGAAAAAUGGAUAGUGACAAUGAAGAUGAUGACCGUGAUUUGGAUUGGUCCUUCGCCUUUGACAAAAAAGUUUCUAAAAAGGUAAAGAAAGACAAGCUUGGCAACAACUCCCCAAGAAGAUCAAAGGGAAAGUUCAGCAGUAAAUUUGAUCAGUCAGAGGUUGCAGAAUCUCUGCACAGUCCGGUAUAA